GUUUUCUAAUCACUCCGUUUGACGAAAACCCUCCACAGAUGGAGACGUAGUGCGUCAACGCGCCACACCAAGUCACCGUCGCCGUGAGCGGCUGGCAGAUUCCGACGAGGACAUAUUUGCACGAGGACAUGGUGUUUAUUGGUGUGAUUUCACGACGAUCUCCCCUGUGACCUGGUGUCAUUUUAACAUGACGCUCUGCUGAGAGACCGCAGCGCUGAACAAGAAGACCGCAGGUCCCCUCUGGUUUGAGCGUGUGAAUUAAAACGCCAGGAAAACAUGGCUGGUUUAAUGUCAGGUUUUGGUCACUACACCCACGCCGUCGUUCGGGGAAUCCCCGCGUCCCUGGCCAAAGAAGCGCUCCGGAGCUGCCAGGCGGAGGUGGACCUGGCCAAGGCGAGGACGGAGCACGAGGACUACGUCGAGGUCCUGGGGACGAGGCUCGGGCUGGAGGUGGUGGAGCUGCCCGCGGACGAGUCGCUGCCGGACUGCGUGUUCGUGGAGGACGCGGCUGUGGUGUGCGGUGACACGGCGCUCAUCACCAGACCCGGGGCAGAGAGCAGGAGGAGAGAGACCGAGACGAUGAAAACCGCUCUGAAGGAUUUGAAUCUGAACAUUGUGGAAAUGACUGACGAGAACGCCACACUGGAUGGAGGAGAUGUGCUUUUUACAGGUCGAGAGUUCUUUGUGGGCCUUUCCAAACGGACCAAUCAGAGAGGAGCAGAGAUUCUAGCAGAUGCCUUUCAGGACUACGCUGUGUCCACCGUGCCUGUGCUGGAAGGGCUGCACCUGAAAAGCUUCUGCAGUAUGGGCGGACCAGGCCUCAUUGUCAUUGGCUCCAGUGAACCGGCGCAGAAAGCCCUCAAAAUCAUGCAGCAAAUGAGUGACCAUCGCUAUGACAAACUGACGGUGCCGGAUGACCUCGCUGCCAACUGCAUCUACAUGAAUCUACCGAACAAGGGACAUGUGCUCCUGCACCCGACCGCAGAGCAGUAUCCAGAAAGUGCAAAGGUGUUUGAGAAGCUGAAGGACUACAUGCUGAUCCCUGUGUGCAACAUGCAGAAGGUCAAAGUGGACGGGGCCCUCACAUGCUGCUCCAUACUCAUCAAUAAGAAGGCCAACAUCUGAUUUUGGGGGUCUCUCAACCUAUGGUAACCUAGACAGAGCGUAUUCAUUCAACACGGAUCCAGGGGUUUAUCAAGACUAUAGUGUGAUUGAGAGGAAGGAUGGUGAAGUUAUUUGGGGCUACAGCAAAAAUAUAAAUCGUCACAUGGGGGAUAAAUCUGGUCUCCCUUUUCCCUCCAAACGCUGAAAUUUCAUUUAAUUUACUUGAAGUAGAUCAGUUGAGGUAAAACCCACCUAGCUUUGUGUUAAUGUCGUCUCUAUAAUAAAAAGAAAUGAGAAAUUAUGGUCAAAUUAGUCUAAUUUUGUUCUUGACUUGAAUGAACUAACAUUUUCUUUCAAAAACUGAAUACAAGUCAUAAUGGGGCAUGAAAUAUUUUUGUUUUGACAUUAGCUACUCUAAUUAGUCCUAAAACUACUUAUUGGUUGACCAUAAACCAAGUUGUGGUUGUUUAACAGUAUUUUGGAGCAAGAGAAUAAGAAAGGAAAAAUAAUUCUGCUACUUCUGUAAUAUGCUAACCAAAAAUAUGUGAGAAAUAUUGCUGCUUCUUUACUAAUGGUGCUGAAUAAAUUUCUCGAAUCUACAUUAUUUCAAAACUA